ACAUUAUUUUCAGUUUUCUAAACUUACUGUUUAUAGGUUUGUGUUUAAGUAAAAUCAUCAUUUAUGUUAUGUUUUAAACAUAAAUCAAGAUGACAUAAAUUUUUAAUCAACACAAUAUUAAUGUUUUCACUUGUAUUUCAGGAAGAGUUUAAAUAUGAAUAUUUGAUGAAUAACUCAGAUUUUUAAUGACAUCUUUCAUGUUUCUUGCUAUGAGCUUUUACAUUGUUGUUCAGUAUCAGUUGUGGAGAUCAGAUUGAUCAGAUUCACCUCUGCAGCUCCAUCAUGGAUCAAACACAAACAUCUCCAGGAUGCAGUUCAGAUCAUCAGAAGAGAUCAGAUUCAGAGUUCAGUUGUGUGUCUAUGAAGAGUGAUGCGUCUAUGCCUGAGCCAAUAACAUUUAAGAGUGAAGAAACACAGCCUGCACACAGACGAAUCAUAACAGAACCCGACUGUAAGGGGAGGAAGAUUGAGCAAUUUGGGAAUCAACUACAAGACUUCAAUAAAAACAUGAGUCCUCAUUUCAGUCAUGACUCUGAUCCUGCUGAAGUCCUGAACACAUUCAGAUCAAAUCUGAGGAAGAAGUUUGAGUGUUUGUAUGAGGUAACAUCAAAUAAGAGAAACCCAACACUACUGAAUGAGAUCUACACAGAGCUCUACAUCACAGAGAGUGAAAGUGGAGAGAUCAGUAAUGAACAUGAGGUGAGACAGAUUGAGACACAAUCCAGAAGAACAACAACAGAGGAGACACCAAUCAAAUGUAAUGACAUCUUUAAACCUUUACCUGAACAAGACAAACACAUCAGAAGUGUGCUGACAAAGGGAGUCGCUGGCAUUGGAAAAACAGUCUCUGUACAGAAGUUCAUUCUGGACUGGGCUGAAGAGAAAGAGAAUCAGGACGUCCACCUCAUAUUUCCACUUCCUUUCAGAGAGAUCAAUUUGAUGAAGAACAAAACACUCAGUCUUUUAGAUCUUCUUCAUCUUUUCUUCCCACAAACAAAAGAAAUGGAAAUCUUCAGUGAUGAAUAUAAAGUGUUGUUCAUCUUUGAUGGUUUGGAUGAGUGUCGUCUGUCUCUGGAUUUUCACAGCAGUGUGAGGUUGUGUGAUGUAAGUGAAUUAACCUCAGUGGACGUGAUGCUGACAAACCUCAUCAAGGGGAAUCUGUUUCCCUCUUCUCUCAUCUGGAUCACCUCCAGACCAGCAGCAGCUGAUCUCAUCCCCUCUGAGUGUGUUGAUCGAGUCACAGAGGUACGAGGCUUCACUGAUCCACAGAAGGAGGAAUACUUCAAGAAGAGAAUCAGUAAUCAGUGGCUGGCCGACAGAAUCAUCCCACACCUGAAGUCAUCCAGGAGUCUCUACAUCAUGUGUCACAUCCCAGUCUUCUGCUGGAUUUCAGUCACUGUUCUAGAGAGAAUGUUGAGGGAAGCAAAGAGAAGAGAGAUCCCCAAGACUCUCACUCAAAUGUACACACACUUCCUGAUCAUUCAGACAAACAUCAAACAUCGGAAGGACUAUGAGAAGAAAGAUGAAGACAUGAUCUUCAAACUGGGGAAACUGGCUUUUGAGCAGCUUGUGAAAGGCAAUCUGAUCUUCUAUGAUGAAGACCUGAGAGAGUGUGACAUUGAUGUAGCAGAAGCAUCAGUGUACUCAGGAUUGUGUACUCAGAUCUUCAGAGAGGAGUUUGGUUUGUAUCAGGGGAAAGUUUACUGCUUUGUUCAUCUCAGCAUCCAGGAACAUCUAGCAGCUCUUUAUGCUCACAUCUCCUUCACAGACAACAACAGAAAUGUGUUCAAACCAGGUCGGUUUUCUAUAACUUUAAAACAGGAUUCGUUAUCUGUGUUACAUCAUCAAGCUGUAGAUAAAUCUUUAAAGAGUAAGAAUGGACAUCUGGAUCUUUUCCUGCGUUUUCUUCUGGGUCUUUCACUGGAGUCCAAUCAGAUUCUCUUACAGGAUCUACUGACACAGAUGAGAAGAUGCUCCUACAUGAAAGAGGAAACUGUUGAGUACAUUAAACAGAAGAUGAAUGAGAAUCUGUCUCCAGAGAAAUCCAUCAAUCUGAUUCACUGUUUGAAUGAACUGGGUGAUGAUUCACUGCUGCAGGAGAUUCAAGAUUAUGUGAGAUCUUCAUCAGUAGAGACCAAACUCUCCUCUUCACAGUGGGCAGCUUUAGUUUUUGUGUUGUUGACAUCUAAGCAGCAUUUGGAUGAACUUGAUCUAAAACCAUUUAUUGGAGAUGAAAAUAAAGCAGAUGAAGUUCUUGUGAGACUGCAGCUUGUGAUUAAAGAAACCAAAAAACUCAAGUUGUGGAGGUGUGAUAUCACAGAUGAAGGUUGUGUUGCUCUGACUUCAGCUCUGAGAUCAAACCCAUCACACCUGAGAGAUCUGGAUCUGUCUCAGAAUAAACUCACAGAUUCAGGAGUGAAGCUGAUCUCUGAUGUACUGAAGAAUCCUGACUGUAAACUGAAGACACUGUGGUUGAUCAGUUGUGAUAUCUCAGAUGAAGGUUGUGUUGCUCUGUCUUCAGCUCUGAGAUCAAACCCAUCACACCUGAGAGAACUGAAUCUGUCUAACAAUGAUAAACUAAGAGAUUCAGGAGUGAAGCUGAUCUGUGAUGUACUGAAGAAUCCUGACUGUAAACUGGAGAAACUGGAGUUGAGGUGUUGUGAUAUCACAGAUGAAGGUUGUGUUGCUCUGACUUCAGCUCUGAGAUCAAACCCAUCACACCUGAGAGAACUGGAUCUGUAUGGGAAUAAACUCACAGAUUCAGGAGUGAAGCUGAUCUCUAAACUAAAAGAUGAUUCACAUUAUAAACUACAGAGAGUAGGGACUUUUGGACAGGGACGAUAAGGAUGUAAAGAUGUCUGAUCUUCAGUAUGAUCUGAUGGUGAAUAAGAAGACACAAUAGUGACAUCACUUCCUCUUAACUGUAUGAGUUGAUUAUUCAGUACAGGAUCUGAUCUGUGACUUUAUCUAAAUCUGACUUUGAAGUGUUGGAGGUAAAUCUUCAUCCUAACUCAGCUUCUGUCUACACAUUUCCUAUAAGAGCGAUUUAUCAGUCAAUGUAAGAGGAGCAAGAAAUCUCAUAGGAUCAUAAACUGAAGUAAAUACUGACAAGAUUCCUCUUCUUCUACACUGUUGGGGUUUUUAACUUCAUCUUAAACUGAAAUGUGUUCAAGUUCAGCACAACAUUGAAGACUUGCAGCUCAUUUAUCUCUAAAUCCAAAUAUUGGACGUCUUUGCUUUUGUGUUCUUCAGGAUCUGACUGCAGGAUUUUUUGAUGAUGAUGUGAUCAAUUAUAAAAAAGUUCAGACACUGAAUGAAAUGUAAAUAAAAUCACAAUGCAAUCAUUUUUAAAUCUUAUUAAAGAAAACAAAUCAAAUGUUUCAUCUGAUAUUACUGAUAUUAAUUGUGCAGACAUCAGUUGUAUGUUGUCCUGAUUACAGUUCUACUGAUGACCGUAAAGAUGAAAUGAGUGUAAUUUACAGUUUUAAUACAGUGACAUAAAGUUUAAUAAAAUGAUAAACUU